AUGAUUGAAAAGAUGCUUCGAAUUCGUGAAAUGACAGAUGUUCUUGUAGAAGAUAAUCCAAUUCUAAAACAUUGUGUUUCUGUUGUAUUUGAUCCAAACAUGAAAUUGUCAUCAUUUGACAAUGAGACAGCUAUAAUUGUAUAUGAAAGGUUACAUAAUGUUUAUACACAAUAUAUAGGAAAAGAAAUUGAUAACACAUCUUUUGCUAAAAAUGAUUCUCCAAAAGAUUAUUUUCAAAAACAUUAUACUGAGAAGUCAAAGAACAAUCCUCUUAAAGAAUAUCUUACAACUCCUGAAGAGAAUUACCACUUAAUUGUACAGGCCACAAGUGUGAGCAGUGAGCAAAUGUUUUCAAUUGCUAAAAACACAAUUAACCCAUUACACAAUCAGCUAUCAGAAGAAAACAUUUGUGCAA